CUGUUUUGAAAAUGAUUUUAAUCAACAAAAAAAAAUGUAGAAAUUUCUAUAAGAAAACUAUAAUUACCUUUUCAUUCAAGUAAUUUAUCGAUAAUUGCAUUACGAUCGGUUUUUCAAGUUUUCAAGACAAUGAUCAAUCAUCAAUAUAUAAAGUCUAAAGUGAAAAGAAAUUCGGUUUUCAUUUGUCAAUUUUGUUUUGUGUGUUGACAUCGCGAAUUUUGAUAAAUAAAGAUCAUGAAGCCCACCAAUGUUUCAUUAUUAUUAUUCAUCAUUGUUUGUGUGGAAUACGUUCGAAUUUGUUAUGCUCGUCAUUAUCCAAAAUGUCAUCUAAUUGAAAUGGAAAAAUGUUUCGAUAAACUACAUCAAUUGAAAGAUUCACAACAUGAUCCAUCGUUUUUAUUAACAUCACACGAUGGUUUGGACAAAAUUUGCAGAGUUUUAAAACAAGAUUUCACUGAAUGCAUUCUGGCUUAUCUUAAAAAAUGUGGCACACCAUUACAUAAAGAAUUGAGUAAAGUUAUUUCCGAUGCUAUCCUUGAACAUAUGAACAAGAUUUGUGAUUCAAAUUCUGAAUUCAGAAAUGAUUUAUUGGAAAAAUCUCCAUGUAUUCAUGAGAAGAUAUUAUCACAACCAGAUUAUCAAAAAGAAUGUAAUAAUCCAUUUUUCACAACAGUCGCCUGGGGAGAGAUGAAAGCACAUUCAAAACAGCGUGAACGUUCACCAAUUGAUUAUGCAGUGGAUGCCGGAUGUUGUGCAUAUAGACAAUGGGAACUAUGUACAAUGCCAAAGAUUCGUGAAAAUUGUGAAAUUGAUUCAGAAGAUAUAUUACAGAAUGUUAUAUCUAAAUUACUUGGUGGUGUAACCAAUUUUCUUUGCUAUCAGGACAUAUUUAAUCCAGAAUCGGAGACCUGUAAUUCAUUACCAACAUUUGAUGAACAAAUAGCACAAGUGAAUAUGACAUAUGCUGAUGAGCAAAAAUUUUCAAUAUUUUCUGUUGUCAAAAUGUUUUUGACCAGAGUGGAUGUAACUAAAAAAUAAUGAUUCAA